GUAUGCCAGACCAGUUCGCAUUUGCACUCACCCGUCGUUCCACCCGUCUCCCUUGCGGGCUUGCAUCGACAUGAUGGCCCGUCUGUUGCUUAUAACGUUUCUUUUUAUCUGUGCCAUACACACCAAUGCUAAUCCCGUCAUAAAUGUCUUCCGCAAGGUAUCCGCAACUUCUGCAGAGGGAAGCUGGCUCUGGGGUUGGGUCUGGGGAGCAGAAAGUACUGUCUCUGUCGUGGAUCGCUCCCCUUCUCUCUCUUAUCCCGCAAGGCCCGCUGCUUUUGGUCCAGAACUCGAUCUACCACUGCUGGGUUACGUUAUUCCUAUGUCAUCAUUCACGUCCCCAUGUCCAGACAACGAUUCAAAGGCAGUCUUUGAUGAAGCUUCCAACUUUGGUUGUCCCACCUUGUGCGUUUCAGGCCCACAUGAACCUGAUCCCAAGGAAUCUUGGAUUGCUUUGGUCCAGAGAGGCCAUUGUCCAUUCGUUGACAAGGUGAGGGAAGCACAACGGCUGGGUGCCAGAGCCGUUGUAGUCGGUGGUGAAGAUCCGAAAGUCAGUGGAUUCCCUGAUACUCUCGUAAAUAUGUACAGCAAAGGCGACGCAUCAGAUGUGACAAUCCCUUCAAGUUACAUCACCUAUUCGGAUUUCAAAGAACUCUCAUAUCUCAUCGAGACUUCAAAUACUUCGCACGCGGGCUUGCGAACGCUGUCACUAUUGAUCAGUACUCAAUACUCCUCGUGGGAAUGGUAUUCCCCGAUAAUUACAUUUAUCGUGAUCCUGAUUUUACCCUCCUGCUUGACAUUCAUCACCCUGCUGAUUCACCGUGUUCGGAUGGCUCGCGCAGCCGAGCGGGACCGUGCACCGCAGGACAUGGUGAAAAGCCUUCCUUGGCGAGUUUGGACAGGCACUGGGUGGGAAAAGCAUGAAGGAAUAGUUCCUCUGCCUCAGCCGUCGUCAUCAACGUCUCACACCGUAGAUCUCGAGUCAGGCUUACCAGCAGAAGCCUUGAGUGAAUCCACCAGCCAGGAUGCAAACACACCUAUUGCCAUGCCCUGGUUCGAAACUCAAAUGGAAUGCGCCAUCUGCUUGUCCGAGUUUGUCAAAGGUGACCGUGUUCGGGAAUUACCUUGCCAUCAUAUCUUCCAUCUGGACGAGGUCGACGAGUGGCUGAUAAAUCGCAAGAAACUCUGCCCUGUCUGCAAAGCAGAUGUGACGCAGCCAUGGAAUCCCAAUAAACCCUUCCCUCGGGCCGAAGACGAGGGAAACGAAGAAGAAGACGAAGAAGAAGAGAACCUGCGACAUUCUGAUAGACCAGCUUCCAUCGCAACCGAACGCACACCUCUCCUCUACAACCAUGUCCAACCUCACGAAGAUUCAUGACAACCAGGAAAGUUAACGUUGUAUUAUUUGUAGUGUAAGAAGGUCCGCGGAUUUCUUCAAGUUGUGUCGCUUGUUGCGUGAAGUUUUGGGUUUUGAUACAGCUUGAUCUUUUUAUACCGAAAUUUGUGGUUUCAAUACUGUAAUGCUCUUUGCGUGUAGGUUGUUGCUGACAGAAAUUCAAUCCCGCUGACAUCCCCCUU